AAUAUCAAAACAAAAUUCACCGCAACGCUUUCUGCUCUCCUGUCAAGUUUAGCCUUUGUGUCAAGUAACCGGCUAAAUAUGCUCUCGUUAUUAAUGUAGCUGUCUUUAUUGGUUUUAAGAUUGAGAUAACAAAGACUAAAAUGGAAAGUUCUCUUCAGUAUAUCUGUGGCUCUGUAGCUGCUGCCAUUACAGGUGCUGUUGCUACAGCAGCUGUGUAUAUUGCUACUAGGCCUCCUCCUAAAUUAAAAAGAAACUUUGACCUCAAUUCUCAAUCAGAAGAGUUACCUGGCGGUGAGCAUGUGAGAAUUUCACAUUUGACUCCCAAAGCUCCUCAUGUAUCGUAUAUUUAUGAGGAUGCUCAAACACUGUACGAGUGCAUGAUAAGAGGUUGCAGAGUGUCAGGCAAUGGACCGUGCCUGGGGUGGAGGGAGAAAGGAAGUGAGGAGUAUUCAUGGAUCCACUAUAAAGAUGUUAUUGAACGGGCUAAAAAUUUUGGUGCUGGUUUACUUCAAUAUAAGUUGAAACCUGGUAGUUUCGUUGGUAUAUACUCUACUAAUAAUGUAGAGUGUGUGUUGACUGAGCAUGCUGCUUAUGCUCGCUCUAUGGCGAUUGUUCCUAUCUAUGAUACUCUGGGUCCCAAAGCUUUUACUUUAGUUGUAAAUGAAGCUGAAAUAUCAGCUGUUGUCUGUGAUAAAGAAGAGAAAUCAUUGGCAUUAUUGAAUGACAAAAGCGAAAUGCCAACACUAAAGCUGAUUGUACAGAUAGAUCCAAUUUCUGAAGCUGCAAAGAAAAAAGCAAAGGAAUGGGACAUUGACCUUGUUUCUUACAAAGAUAUAGAGAAACUGGGGGAAGCUCAUUCUCAAAAUGUGAUUCCACCUAAGCCUGAUUCUUUAGCGUGCAUCUGCUAUACUAGCGGCACUACUGGAAGUCCUAAAGGAGUAAUGUUGACUCACAAAAGCAUCAUUGCUAAUGUGAGCGCUGUGAUGUUACAAUUGGGUGAGACGGCUCCUGGCAGCAGUGACACAAUGCUCUCAUUUUUGCCAUUAGCCCAUAUGUUUGAAAGAUGUUGCCAGGUGGGAUUGUACAUGACUGGGGGGCAAGUAGGUUUCUACCAGGGAGACAUUAGGACUUUAAAUGAAGAUUUUAGGACUCUCAGGCCGACUGUCAUUCCUUGCGUACCUCGUCUCUUGAACAGAAUGUAUGAUAAGAUUCAAGAGGAAGCAAAUUCAAGUAAAAUUAAAAAAAUGUUGCUGAAUAUGGCCAUUGAAAGUAAAAAGGCUGAAAUUGAAAAGGACAUAAUUCGUAAUAACAGUGUAUGGGACUGGACUGUCUUGAAACCAAUACAAGAUAAACUGGGUGGUCGACUGCGGCUGAUUGUAGUUGGUUCUGCUCCUAUAGCUGGUCACAUUCUCACAUUUCUCCGUUGUGCCUUGGGAUGUGUCUGUGUUUCAGACAAUGUAGGACCUCCAAUCCCAUGCUGUAAAAUCAAAUUAGUCGAUGUGCCUGAUAUGAAAUACUUUGCUUCUGAAGGGAAAGGAGAGGUAUGUGUCCAAGGACUUACAGUAUUCCAGGGAUAUCUUAAAGAUACUGAGAAAACUGAAAGUACUGUCGACAAAGAUGGCUGGUUGCAUACUGGUGAUAUUGGAAUGUGGCUCCCCAAUGGAGCUUUAGCGAUUGUUGAUAGAAAAAAACAUAUCUUCAAAUUACAGCAGGGAGAGUACGUUGCCCCUGAAAAAGUUGAAAAUGUGUAUUUACGUUCGUCCUACGUCUGUCAAGUUUUUGUUCAUGGUGACAGCUUAAAGUCUUGUGUUGUGGGUGUUGUGGUGCCUGAAAUGGAGAUUUUGACUCAAUGGUGUAAAGAGAAAGAUAUUGUAGGUGAAUGGAGCAAGAUUUGUCAAAAUCAGGUAGUGAAAGAAUUUCUUUUAAAAGAUAUGACACAAUUAGGAAAAGAAUAUGGUCUCAAGUCCUUUGAACAGGUGAAAGAUAUUUAUCUCCAUCCAAGAGUUUUUACAAUUGAAGAUGGUCUCCUGACCCCCACCCUCAAAACCAAACGCCUCGAAUGUCGUAAGCUGUUCAAGCACCAGAUAGACGCCAUGUACAGAAAUCUCGCCUGAACACACUGUUCUCAUCCCUCUUUGUUUUGAAAGUGGUAGUUAAAUGAAAUAAGUUCUGGCACGCCUUUAAUCUAUACUAUUAGACCGGUUUAUAUUCUGUUGCAUCAUAUUUAUUCACUAUGGGUAUAUAUUUAGUAUGUUUUAACAAAUAUAAUUUGAUUUACACAUAGUGCUAUAGAAAGAUCUGAAUCAUCAAUUUAUGAUUUUUUAUGUGAUAUAUAUUUAUAGAAAGCGGCAUUUAAGCUUAAUUAGGUUGUACUUAUAAUGAACAAAAAUAUUUUUAUUGCAAUGUUUACUGUGAUUUGCAAAGAGAACAGUUUUGUUCAUUUUGUUUUAUUGACUUUUUUUUUCUGUUAUUGUGUACAAAUAUUGGAAGGCCACAUAACUUAUUGGGCAUUUAAAAGUUGGUUUUAAAUUAUUUAAAAUUUUAUUGAAUUUUCACAGAGAAAAGGAUUUUGUUAGAACCAUUUUCAAUGUGAGUGGACAAUCUGCUGACUAAGAUUUAUUAAAGUGUCUUUCUUUUCUUAUGUAUGUGUAAAAAAAAAAAUGAAUUGUACUUUCAGUCUUUUAUCAUUCUGUAAAAACACUUUUAAUGAUCAAAGAAUCAUGAGUAUUUAAUUUUUUAUAAAUCAACAUUCCAUAUUUAUUAUUAUUUAAAUGUUCUUUUUUCAGAUGUAGGUAUUAAAUAUAUUUAUGAGACUGAAAGCUUUAAAUUCAUAAUUUUAGGUUUAUUCUUGAGGAGAAAUAACAGUUAAUUGAAUUCCCCCUUUCCUAUUCCCAUUGUUCAUUUUAAAUGGGUGAGGAAUCUAGCUUAUAUCAGCAAGUUUAUAGCUUCUAUUCCUUUUUUAUUAUACUUAGACCUGAUUAAGAGUAUUACAUUUUUCUUCCAUGUUUUAUAAAUGAAUAUUAUUGUUUCAUAAAUAAGCUGUUUCUGUCUUAUUACUGACACAAGUGUUAUGCUGCUGUUAAAAUUUUUGAUGAAAUAAUUCAAAAUUAUUUAUUUGUAACAGAACUUAUUAAUUAGUAAAUUGUUUGUGAUUCAGCCUUUUCAAUUCCGCAAGUAGGAUUCCUUCUCUUGUCGCCAAAUGAAAUAUUUAGUCAGGAUUUGGUGAUUGCAGCAAGGAUCAUAAUUUGUAAUAACAUAUUUAAGUUUCUUAAAAUUUUUAUUUAUAUUUUUGAAUGCAAGUGAAAAAGGCAUAGAGCAUAUUUUAAAAUUUACUUAUUUUAAAUUUACGUAAUUUGUUUUAGUCUUUCCUUAUUGAGUGCUCUAUAACAGUAAAUCAAUCAAUCAAGGACAAUCUUUCUAUGAUCCACAAUAUUUGGUUUGCAUGCAUUUUAUUCUCUCUCAUACUUUUAAGCACUGAAAUAAAAAUGUAAGAAUGCACUUGUUAGUUUCAGAAAAUAACUAAAACUAACUAUAUUGAGACUUAUUUUCUCCUUUCUUGCUAUCUCCUCCCACAAUGGGAUGUUGGGGAGAGGGGGAAUUCCGAGCUUAAAAAGAAGAAAAAAAUUGGAAUACAAAAUGAAUAUCUUCCUUGUUUAUAUGCAAUGUGUGAGUUGAGGAAACACUGUAUUCAAAAUAUUUAACAGGAUGCUUAUACGCUGUCGGAGGCGACUGUAAAUAAUAUAGAUGAGUUGCGUGACUGUAAUCUUCCAUUAGUAAGUUUCUGAGAAAGUUGAUUGAGUCAAAUGAAAAAAAAAAUAUUUUCAGGAUGGCUGACUAAAGGGGGUGCACUUUUAGAAUUGGAAUGAUUAGUAGUGUGUAGAUUUUCUUGUUCCAAAGAAAGGAAAGCGUGCUUAUAAUUCCACUGUUAUGUGGAAGAAAAUAACAUUUAGUCGUACUUAGGAUAUGUUUUUAUUUUUCUUCACAAAAAUUUUAGAUGAACUUAUUCUCUGAAUCAAUAUUCCUUCAGAUUUACAUUCUAAAACAUAAUACUUAAAAAGUCUAAAUUUAUGUUUUAGUGAGUCUAUUUUUGUAGAAAUGUUUAAUUUCGCAUAGUGUAGUUGCUUUUUCUUUAUCUCUAUAAGGAAAUGGAAAUAAUUAUAUAGAACAUUUUUUAAAAGGGUUUAGGAUGGAUGAAAUUUUAUAUUUCAAAAGGAAUCAUUUUUAUGGAAUUAAAAUAUAUUAAAUGUUUUCCUAAGCAAAAUCUAAAUAUUAUGAAUAAUUAUUCUUCGCAAGUGGUGAUUCAAACAGCUGUGGCGAAAAAUUAGUCUGCCAGGUAUUUCUCACUUUUGUAUUUUAUUGUACUUAGGAUCCAUGCUGGAAAUAUUUAGCUCAAUCUUUUCUGUCUUCUCCAUCGUUGAGAAGUGCUAAUGCAAAAAUAUCCAUGCAUGGGUCUCAUUCAUUUCAUGGAACAUUGCAUUUAUGGAGUUUAUUUUGUUUAAUAAUCCAUCAGAAUGAAUUGUAGCUUAACAUAACUUAAUUAUGAUGAAUAAGUUAACAACUAAAAAAGUAAUUGCUUAAACAUUUAAAUUUCAUUAUUGUUAAAAAAUAUCACAAAUUUAAAAAAAAAUUAUAACAAAAUGGUGCAACAUAUCAAUAUUUCAAAAUUUAUUUAAACAGGAAUCCUAAAAACAAGGCAGUUGCAUUCGAAAACUGAAUAUCACUCUACAAAAGCUGUUGUAAAAUGUCACCAUCUCAUAUAAAAUAACAUUUUGCCUUCAUAUCAAAUGUUCUAUUUAUUUAAAAAUUCAUUUUAAUUUUAACAGCUUUAAAGUUCAUUCUGAUGAAUGUUUUUUCUUUUUUGGUCAUCAUGUUGUUUCUGAAUUUCUGCUGGAAGUGAAUCGUUUUGACUUUGCAUUUCUAAUUGACACAGCUUCAAUUGAUUUUCUUUUUUGGAAUAAAGGAAAAAACUUUAGUAGCGCCAAAGCUGUGACGAAUCCCUCUUUUUUCGAACGUUUUCAGCAGUUCUCAUUGCUCCAAAUUCUAUAUAUCUACUAAAUCUGUAUUUCAUGAAUUACCUUCACGUAGCUGUAGAUUUAUAAUCAAAACGAUUCACUUUCAUGUUAUGCUUUUCAAAAAAUCAUUUAUUUAUUAUAUUUUUAAUUUUAUUGUAAUCAGAGGGACCUGCAUCUGAAUACUAGUCAGAAAAUGUACAUUUUAAGAUAAUUUAAUCCAUUUUGGUAAAUAUAAAAAUAUCAACUAUUGUUAAUGGGACACUACUUGCCUUUAUAUUUGUGAGUAGAAAAAAUCUUUAAAUUACCAAAUGAAAUUCCGUUUUCACGGAACCAUAAUAUAAUUUCUUUUUCCCCCCUCUUAUUUCUAAACUAAAAAAUUUUUUUAAAGGAAGGCUCAGCAGGCUUUGUUAAAUGUCAUUUUAUUUUUGGCUAACUUCUAAAAAGAUUUCUUGAACAAUUUUGUAAGACAUUACUAAUUGAGUAGAUUGUAUAAAUUUACUAAAUUUAAGAAUUUUUAUCCUGGCAUAGAAUUUGGAAGGUAUCAACAAAAAAAAAAUUUAAAUUACUUUCAAUGCAGGUCCUUUUGUAAGAAGUUUAUAUUUAAAUCUGAUGAAAGGCUCUUUUAUCAUUCCAAUUUAAAGCUUAUUUUGAUCUGAUUUGUUUUAUUUUAUAAAGUUUUUUUUUUUUUUUACAUUUUAUAUUUAAAAUGAAUUUUCUUUGGUGAUAAGUUAUUUUUAAGUGAUAUCUGUAUAUACUUUAUAGUGUUCUUUCUCUAUUCUGCUUUUAUAUUUUUGAAAUGUGCCCUGUUCCAAAUUGUUGUUUUAGACAAAAAUUCUGAUCAGGUAGUAAAGCGACAUCACUGAAUGGUGUCAAUCCUACUCUUUGAAGAGAUUACAUUUCAAGCACACAUAAAUGAAUAUCUUUAAAUUUGGCAAAUUUCAAUUUGUGAAUUUUCCCUUCUAAUGGCAACAAUCCUUGCCUUAAGCAUUCCCCCCUGUAGUUUCUAUUUUGUGCUUUUUGUUUAUUUAUUUAUUUAUUUGUUCUUAGAAUUAAACAUAGUUGUGAUAAGAAGAAAUAAACUGUGAUAUAUAUAGGAACCUUUUAAGUUAACCAUGUUUUCAGGCAUUUAGUUAUGGAUCCUAGAAGAGCUUUUGUUUCAUUUUGCGGUUUAUGUGUUUUAUUUCAAUUUUCUUUCUUUGAAUGAAUGUAAUACAAGUAAAAUUCUACUUUUAACUUGCCACUUAUGUAACAUUUGACCAAAGACGUGAAGAACCAAAUAAAAUAUACUCUAUUAGAA